AUGGCUGGCGAGCACGCCUACCUCCUGUCGUAUAACACGAUCUCUCUCUGCCUCUGGUCCUACCUAACAUGUCGCACUCUGGCCACCCUCGCAUCGCCAAACACGCGGCCCGGCCUUCAUGAUCUCUACCCCGACUUUCUAUUCCCCUGGCUAGUGGUGGCCCAGUCACUGGCGGCGCUCGAGGUCCUCCAUGCCGCCUCUGGUCUCGUCCGGGCGUCGCCUUGGACCACGGCAAUCCAGGUCGGAGGCAAGAACCUCGUCGUGUGGACGGUGAUGGUCCAGUUCCCGGACAUCGUUAAUGGUCUAGAUGGGAGGGUGGGCUUUGUGGGAUGUCUCGUGGCGUGGGGGCUCUCGGAGAUGGUUCGUUAUGGCUUCUUCGUGGUGUUGUUGGCUCGUGGUGAGGCCCCGGCGUGGCUGAAAUGGCUUAGGUAG